CAUUCCCCCUUCCCGUGGCCGCCGGCCCCUCCUCCGGCUCCGCGCCCCGCGGGGCUCGCAGCCUCCCCGCGGCACCGCCCCGGGGCCGAGCGCGGCUCCCAUUGAGGCCGGUGCCGGGCCGGCCCCCGCCGCGGCGGGGCCAAUGGGGGCGGCGGACGCGGUCGAGCCUCUCCCCGGCCUCCCCCGCCGCGGCCGGGCUCCCGUCAUGUGAGGGGGAUAUAGUACUACGGGAGCGGGGCCGCGCUCCGCACCGCGCACCCGCCUCCCGGGGGAGCUGCGCCCGCCUCCGCCGCUCCGCGCUGCCGGCCGCUCCUGCCUCUGCGGGCUGCUGCUUUGGGCUUGCUGGGGCUUAGUCCUGCGCUUUUAUUGCGCGCCUGUGGCUUUUUAAAUUUUUCUUUGAUUUUUUUUUAUUACUAUUUCUAUAGUUAUUUUUGCCCUUUUAAAUUUUUAAUUUUUUUUUUUUUUUUUUUUUUUCCGUGGCUUGGUUGUGUUGUUUGGGUUUAUUCCCCCCCCCUCGUUUUCGCUGUUUUCGCGUUCUUCUGGUCGUUCGUGGCCUUUGCUGCCCCCCGGCUCGCAGAGGAGUUCAGGCUCUCACCUGAACUUUGGCUGCCUGGUAUAUGCUGUUGGGAUAUCCAUAAGAGAUCAUCCAGGAAUGGUGGAUCACUUGCUGCCUACUGAUGAAUCCUUUUCAUCCACAAGAUCUUCUCUUGGAUACUUUGGGGACAUGACAGCAGGCGUGAGGUCCUACCAAAUGCUGCCCUCUCCCCUGUCAGAAGAUGACAGUGACUCGUCCAGCUUUUGUUCUUGUUCCAGCCCUGACUCCCAGGUCCUCAGCUCCAGCUAUGGAAGCACAUCCAGUGCAGAAAGUCAGGACAGUAUCUUAGACUAUUUAUUGUCCCAGGCAUCUUUGGGGAACACCACUGCAUCAUGGUGGGACAAAAGGAGACUUCAGCCAAUAGUGAAAGAGGAGUACUUUAGGUUGCCUGAAUUUCCUGUGGAUAUGGAAGACUCAGGACCAUUUCAGCCCACGCUUGAGGAAAUUGAGGAAUUUUUGGAGGAGAACAUGGACUUGGAGCUCAAAGAAAGACCUAAAAGCGAGACCAAGGACUUGAGAGCUUGCAGCCAGGUUUCUGUUGCUUCGCUGCAGCAAAAAGACCAUAUGUUACCCAGUACUAGUUUAAAAGAGAGUAAAAAUGAGCAGUUGACUAGCUCAACGGAAGGUGGCCAAGCUUCAAAUGGAGGAAUGACCCUGGAGAAUGGAAUACCGGUUAUGCUCCAAAUUCAGCCUGUGCAGAUCAAACAGGAGUCCAGCACGAGCCCCACUUCCCAAGGACCAGCACAGGAGAACAUUAAAAUUGCACAGCUCCUAGUCAACAUCCAAGGACAGACAUUUGCCCUUGUGCCUCAGAUAGUUCAGUCGUCCAAUUUGAACUUGUCCUCUAAAUUUGUCCGCAUUGCUCCCGUCCCCAUCGCCGCCAAGCCAAUUGGGCCAGGAGGCAUGAUCCAGGGCCAGACGGGAAUCAUCAUGGGUCAGAAAUUUCAAAAGAACCCUGCAGCUGAACUCAUUAAAAUGCAUAAAUGUUCUUUUCCUGGCUGCACCAAGAUGUACACGAAAAGCAGCCAUUUGAAAGCCCACCUGAGGAGGCACACAGGAGAAAAGCCCUUUGCGUGCACGUGGCCGGGCUGUGGAUGGAGGUUCUCCAGGUCGGAUGAGCUGUCCCGGCACAGGCGCUCCCACUCGGGGGUGAAGCCCUACCAGUGUCCAGUGUGUGAGAAGAAGUUUGCUCGCAGUGACCACUUGUCCAAGCACGUCAAGGUGCACCGGUUCCCGCGCAGCAGCCGCUCCGUGCGCUCCGUGAACUGAGGGCUCCUGCCUCCCCUUCCCGCCAGCCGUCCCGCACCAGCCCACCGCAGCACUUUGCUCACUAUGGUUCUAGUGAUAAUUUAUUUGUCACUAUGUUUCUAGUGAUAAUUUAUUUGUCUCCACAGAACAGUCAAUGCUGUUACUUGACACCACCAUGUUUGAGUGCCCCAUGUCCUUCAAAGAUGAUUUGGGAAUGAAGCUCUUUUUGGGUCAGGGGAGCGGGGUGCUUCUUCCUUUUUUUUUUUUUUUUUUUUUUUCUUUUAAGGAUAUUAUUUUCCUUUCCUUCUAUCUGUCUCUCAUUUGCUGCUGCUUCUUUUGGAAAUUACAGUGUUUUAUUUUUAGCUGUUUUCUGCUGCACAGGAAAAUGUAAAAGUUGCUUGCUGCUAGUUAAUUAUAGCCCUGGCAUUCCUGAGGGCUUUGCUCAUGUACAGGCCACUCAUUGUGAGUUUUUAUUAAGCUGCUCUAUUUGUCCAGUUUGGAAACAGCAAAUUCCUUUUGAAAUGAAAACAACUUCUUUGUUUUUGGGUCGCCUGAGCCAAGGAUUUGUAGGGGCUGGCCAUAGGAGGAGGAACAGUGGGAGUUGGGGAUAGGGGGAGACAGGGCUUGGAGAGCACUGGAAUGUGCCUCCAUGCAUCUCUGAUUUUCCCAGCUCACAUUUACCUUUCCCUUGGCGAGGGCUAUAUAUAAAUAUUUAUGUAUACAUAUUCAUUCAUACAUAUAUAUAUAUAUAUAUAUAUAUAUAUAUAUUUAUAUGUAUAUAUAUAUAUAUUUAAGCAAAGACACAUCCCAAGCAAGCCCAGAAGCUCAGGCUGGAUGGAAUGGCUUGGAGUGAAGCCUCUGGAACUGUGUGUGUGCUUCUGUCCUGUGCUGCCGAGGGGUGAAAGGAUGCCCAGGUUCCAAAGGACACUGCUUUCCUUUGAGGCUGCUCUGCAGCAUCACUGUCUUUAGCAAAGAGCUGUUGUCUGCCCACAAGGCAGCACAAAGGUGUUUGUGAGAGCCUCUGAGCUCUGUUCUGUCUCUGCUCCUGCCCUCUCGUGCCACCUGGGGCGAGAAAGCAGAGCCCCAGCCCUGGGGGAGCCUGGUGGGCGCUGGGCACCCCCACACCCCUGAGGGUCAAGGCUGCCUGGUGGAGCUCACUCUGUUUGCUGGCAGGGUCUGCAGGACGUGCCUGUGCCCAGGGAGGGUGGGAGGAACCACGACCUGGUGGGACAGCGCUGUGAGACCGAGGUCUGGGCGUGAUCCUCAGUGCUGCUCCUCUCCCUCCCAACAGCCAUGUCAGAGCUCCGUGCAGCUGGGGUGGGAGAAUGGGUGAGAACAGCAGCCAAAAGAAACAAAUUUGUGUGAUAGCUGGCUAAGAAGGGAAUUAAAGCAAAUAAUCAGAUGGUAGCAGGCAAGUGAUUUUAUUUCUGUUUCUUCUUGUUUUGUUUUUCCUUUUGAACUCUGGCGAUUGUAAGAAGCUUUAGAAGAAAAUAGGAUUCAGUAAUUAGGAAUGAUUUUAUAAUGGAUGUUGCAUUUCCUUUCCAUUCGCAGACGGCAUCUGUUUGUCUUUUCUGUUGGCAAAAUGGGAAGUAGGAAAGUGUGAUCCUAGAGCUAGGCAGAGCAGGAGCCCAUGCUGUGUGAGAACGGCAGGUCUGGCUAAAGUGAAUGCAUUCCUUUUGUCCUCUAGAAAUUAAUAUAAAUGAACUAUCAUCUAUUGACUGGUUUAUAUCACAUCCUAUGAAUGUAUGUAAAUAAAACUGUACAUAGAUGCAUAUCUAUAUAAAAUAUCUUUUAAUAACGUA